CCUGUGGUGCUAGUGAUCUUUGACAUUACAUUACAAAUUUACUAUAAUUAAUCUUUUUCGUUUAAGUUUUGACGCAUCGCUGAAAAAUAUUUUUUCGUUUUGUAAAAUAAUAUGGAUGGUGUUUAUGAAGGCAAUUAUGUAUCUGCCAUAUUUUUUGAUUUAGAUAACACUUUAAUACAAACUAGAAAAGGAGACUCAAAAGCUUGCAAUAAGUUGGUGGAAAUUUUACAUAACGAGUAUGGAGUCCCUCAUGACGUUGCAACAGAGAGCGGUGCAAACUUCCUACGCGCCUUCCGCGCGAGGCCUGACGAUGAAACCUACGCAAUACACGAGUGGCCGGCGCAUCUUUGGCGUAAUUGCUUGCCGAAAAACUAUAGACACAUUGCCAAAAAUAUAUCAGCCGAAUGGUUGAAAUUACGUUUUAAAUAUUUAGCUCUGACUGCUGAUGUGAUACACCUUUUGGAAUCGUUAAGGGAGGAUUAUCUUCUCGGUCUGAUCACAAACGGGCCAUCACGAGCCCAGUGGCAGAAGAUUGAGAAGCUGGGACUCCGCAAGUACUUCGACUGUGUGCUGGUCUCCGGGGACCUGCCCUGGGAGAAACCAGACCAGAACAUCUUUCUGGAGGCCUGCAAGUUGCUCAGCGUCGAACCUCGACACUGCAUUAUGGUUGGGGAUAAACUCGAAACUGAUAUACAGGGUGGAAAGCAAGCAGAUUUGCUGAGCACAGUGUGGAUUCCACUGCACAAAGAUGACUCGGAAUCUGAUCUCCCAGAUUUCACUAUACAAAAUGUAACAGAGUUACCGGAUGUCUUGCCAAAUUCUCCAAAGCUCAAACGUUCAGUUAGUAAUAUCGCUGUUUGUUAAUUUUACUUUAUAAAGCUUCACUUAGAAGCAAAAAAAAAAUAUUUGCUUAGUUGGUUUUAAGUUUUAUGGUCGUGCUUAAUUUACACCAUACUGUCUAAUUAAUGUCUUCAGUAGCUCUGUCUCUUUUUAUCAUGGUUUAUAAAUAAUUGGGCAGAAAGAGACAAAGUAACUAAAGUGUAGUUUAAAGAAUGUAAUAAGAUUGAUUUAAUUAUUUCACAAUAAGGUGAUUUAUGUAGUUACUUAUAGCAUAGUUGAGUGAGUCCUACAUUUAGUAUGAAUUAUUUAUAUGGUCUGUGGGUUGUGUCAAAAAGCAUAAAGAAUAGAAGGUAAUACCAGGUCAUAUAACUUUUACUAAACACAAUAGUAUUUUUUUUUUAAUUUCUGUGGAUUUUUUACAUUAGGUGUUGUAACUCUUUUAAAACGCACAUUUGGCAUUUGUUAAAGCUUAAUAUUACUCCUAGGCUCUAUUUCCAAAAUGCAAUUUUUUUCCGUACCUUAUAACUAUGUAUUAAUUAUCUAUUGAAUAUAGAGGAUAUUUGACACACGGUUUUUUAUAAACCUUUACUUGGGUUUUUGAACCUAAAGGUGACAUUUAAUUAGCUGUUUAAUGGAUAUUUUAAGUGUUAAUUUAGGGUGUAGUGAUUGCUGAAUGAAAAAUAAAUCAAAUCAAUAUAGCAGUAAUAUUAUUUUUAUAGCUGUUCAUAUUUAUGUUUUUACAUAAUAGACAGUAAUGCAAUGUAAUUAAAAGUACCUUUUGGGAAAAUGAUAAUAUAAGCUUUUCUAAUACCAGUUACCGAAUAGUUCCUUUUUACACUUAAGUUAAAUAUUGUCUAUAGAAAUGUAAAUGCAUCCCAUAAUCUAUAUUCAAAGUACAAAGCCGAUAGUACAAAAUCAGCUAAAAAUAUACCAAGGCUUUACUAUCAAUCAUUAUUUAUCCAUCUGAUUGCUAGAACUUGUGAUUUUAUGAAACUUACGUGGACACCAGACCAACACCAACCUGGUGUCUAUUGAAACCUUGUCAAAAACAUAAUUAGCAUUUAUAAAAUAACAAUCAUCUAGCAUUACAAGCACACCAAACCAUAAAGAAAAUUCCUGAGCCUACAUUCUGAGUAACAAAAUAUAUGGAAAAAUUCAUAAAAAUUGUUCCAGAGGCCUGGAAAGUGUACUUAAUAUUUAUUGAAUCACUUCAUUUUUCAUUGGUAAUAAUGUAAACUCUAGAUAUCAACAAAUAAGCUUUAAUCUCUGGAAUACUUAUUUCCAGAUGUUUUAAUGUGUACUUGUAAGAAUUAUAUUGUUUUUAUAGAUCUGUAUAGACUGUAAUUGUGAUAUUAUUGUAAUACUUUGACCUCUGAUGUGCUACAAUUUAGUUAAACAUAAAAAUCUAUUUUUGAGCAUUCUAGAGGUUAGUGUUGUCUUUAAAGAGUUUAUAACAUAGCUUGUAUGUUAGUUUUAAUUAGUUUUGAGUAAUAGUCAAAUGCCCCCUUGUUCAUAAAAUCUGACUAAUUGCACUGUUUAGCUGAAUUUAGUAUGCCAAGAUGAAAAGAGGCAUAUUUACUUGAGUAAAAACAGUGUCAUUGAAGUUUUUUUAUGAAUAUGGAAGUUAUUUAAUAUCUGGUUGCAUAAUGGGUUUUUAAUCUUAUAAACUGGAUUUAGAAUAGAUUUUAAAUGUGAAUACUCUCCACCUCUCAUUGACAAGAUAACUGAAAAUGACCUAAUUUAUAACCUUUAAAUGAUACCAUGUUUAAUUUAGGACCUUUUAUUCUGAAUUUCCAUUAAUAUAUAUAAUAUGCUGCAAUUUGACAUGUACUGCUAUCAGUAAUAUUCACUACAGACUUUCCUCAAUGUGAUGGAAACAAGUAUUACAUUAUUUUCUCAAGAAACUGUUUUAUUUUACUUCCUUUUAUUAUGUAAUGAAAAAUAGAUUACGGCUACAGCAUAAUUUUUUUAAGAGUACUUUAAAUAAA